UCUAACUUGUAACGUGAACAUUUAAAAAACAUGUAAGAGUUUAUGGGUAUUUUACUCAGACACUUACUCAUGGGUGGUACAAAUCAUGUGAAUUUCAGUCGUCGUUCAUGUGUCAAAAUAACUCAAUAUUUCCUUUCCACUGUGUCAUAUUGAAAUGUAUGAAUAACCUUUUUAACCACAGUAUCACGUUAGCCCUCAAUUAUUCUAUUUUAUCAAGAAUUUGCUUUUUUUCCCCUGGUACAUAUAAAAAACUAUUCUGUCGUAUACUUUUUAUUUCUUUCCAGGAAAUUGCUGUAGUUCAUUACUGUGUACUCUUAGGGCCGCUGUUGGCCAGUAUGUUCAUGUUUCACGCCAGAAUUAAAGAGAAGCCUCCCCCAUCAUGAUGAUAUCAGAGAGAGAAAGACAGACAUAGGGUUACAACGUCGGCGUACACUCAAACGACAAGAGUGCAGUAGCCCUUCUCUUAAUCGGUGUGGACGAUUGUGGAGUAUCACUUAGUUUUUCAUGAAAUGUAAUGGACCAAAAAUUUCUGGCCAUUGUGGAACAUAUUUCGUCCUAUUAAAUUUCGCGAGGAAAAUGUCGGACAGAACAAUGAGACGGCAAGUACUGUUGUUUUUCUCGGUCCUUUAUUUCGGUUCAGCGCUCGGCCAAGUCAGCUACUCCAUCCCUGAGGAAAUGCCGAGUGGCUCUUUAGUCGGUAAUAUUGCCCAGGAUUUGGGUUUAGAUAUAAAACGACUGAAGUCAGGUAAAGCCCGCCUGUAUACAGGAGACAGUGCUGGAUACAUUGAGCUGAAUAAAGACCGAGGACUCCUCCUUAUCAAAGACAGAAUAGACAGAGAAGCGGUCUGCAGACAAACUACGCCUUGUGCUUUACAUUUUCAAAUUAUCUUAGAAAACCCCAUGGAGUUUUACAUUAUCACAGUCGAGAUUACAGAUAUAAAUGACAAUCCUCCCACCUUUGAAAAAAAUGAAGUCAGUUUUAAAAUCAGCGAAUCUGCUGUAAUUGGAGCAAAAUUUGUAUUAGAUAGAGCAAUCGAUCUCGAUGUCGGCAAAAAUGGUCUUCAAAAGUUCGAUCUUAAACCUACUGAUAAUUUUGUACUUAAACAGGACGGUCACGGUGAUGGAACAGAAAAGGUUGAAAUGAUUUUACAGAAGCCUCUCGACAGAGAAAAGGAAGAGUUGAUAUCUUUAGUUUUAACAGCUUUUGACGGAGGAGACGCGCAAAUGUCGGGAACAAUUCGGAUUUUCAUCACGGUGUUAGAUGCCAAUGACAACGCACCUGUUUUUUCACAGUCCACCUACAAAGCCACUGUUUUUGAAAAUGCCCCAGAAGGCACCGUUGUCACAAGCGUCACUGCAUCAGAUGCAGAUUAUGGGACGAAUGGUAGGAUAAAAUAUUCAAUCACAAACAGUUUAGAUCAAGCCCAUGCAUUGUUUCAGAUAGACGAAGACAGCGGUGAAAUUAGAUUGCUUGGAAAUAUUGAUUAUGAAAAUGCACGGAAUUACCACAUUAACAUACGUGCAAGUGAUGAUGGUGGACUUACUGAUUCAUGUAAAGUCAUAGUUGAAGUGGUGGAUAUGAACGACAACAAACCGAUGAUUAAUAUAAUGUCACAAUCAAACAUGAUAUCUGAAUACUCAAAAUUGAAAACAGUUAUAGCAAUGAUGAACGUUCAAGACCCAGAUUCAAAUGAGAACGGUAAAGUUCAAUGUGUUAUCAAUGAUAACACCCCUUUGACUAUAAUUUCGACAUCAAAUAAUUUCUAUAGCUUAGUGACAGACAGUGAAUUAGACAGAGAGAGAGCCUCUGAGUAUAAUAUAACAGUGACCUGCUCUGAUGAGGGAGUCCCCUCCCUCUCCAGCAGCGUCACUCUCACCUUAAAAAUCUCUGAUGUGAAUGACAACGCGCCUGUCUUUGAGAGAAGCUCAUAUGAGGCCUACAUUGUAGAAAACAACACACCAGGCCUCUCUAUAUUCACAGUGAAAGCCAGAGACACUGACUGGAACCAGAAUGCCCGUGUUUCUUACAUACUGGUGGACUCCUCUGUUAACGGAGUGCCAGUCUCCUCAUAUGUGUCCGUUAGUGCUGAUAGUGGAGUCAUCCAUGGAGUGCGCUCUUUUGACUACGAGCAGAUCAAAGAUUUCCACUUCCGCGUCAAAGCCCAGGAUGGAGGCUCUCCUCCACUCAGUAGCAAUGUGACUGUGAAAAUAUUGAUCCAGGACCAGAACGACAACCCUCCUCAGGUUCUGUACCCAGUCCAGACUGGUGGCUCUCUGGUGGCUGAAAUGGUGCCUCGUUCAGCAGAUGUGGGCUAUCUGGUGACUAAAGUGGUGGCUGUUGAUGUGGACUCUGGACAGAAUGCCUGGCUCUCCUAUAAACUGCAGAAAGCCACAGACAGGGCGCUGUUUGAAGUGGGCUUACAGAAUGGAGAAAUAAGAACUAUCCGCCAAGUCACUGAUAAAGAUGCAGUGAAACAAAGACUGACUGUUAUAGUGGAGGACAACGGGCAGCCCUCUCGUUCAGCUACAGUCAUUGUUAACGUGGCGGUGGCGGACAGCUUCCCUGAAGUGCUGUCGGAAUUCACUGACUUUACACACGACAAGGAGUACAAUGACAACCUGACUUUUUACUUAGUGUUGGCUCUGGCUGUAGUUUCCUUCCUCUUCAUCACGUGUUUAGUGGUUAUUAUAUCAGUGAAAAUCUACAGAUGGAGACAGUCUCGCAUCCUGUAUCACUCCAAUCUCCCUGUGAUUCCAUAUUAUCCACCACGUUACUCAGACACUUUGGGGACAGGGACUCUCCAACACGUGUACAAUUACGAGGUGUGCAGGACUACUGACUCCAGAAAGAGUGACUGUAAGUUCGGCAGAGCUGGUAGUCAGAACGUGCUGAUAAUGGACCCCAGUUCUACAGGGACGAUGCAGCGGAUACAGAAUGAAAAGAGCAUCCUGGAUGAACCAGACUCUCCUCUAGAGGUCAGUUAAAUAAUGUGGCUGCUCUCUUUGCCGUUAUUUCUUUCUGUGUCUAGUUAAAUUCAUUGGGAACUGUUGCGCGCCAUACCUGCAUUUUCAGUACCAUGGACAGCAUUCCACUUUGCAUAAAGAUAUGACUCUCAUCACCACAUAAUUGUCCAUUUCUUCUGUGAUUUAAUUUUUUUCUUGUAUCCUAUACACAACCUGUUUUAUUAUUAGUUUCGGUGACAA